AUGUUCAUAAAACCAGAUUUGAAUAGUUGGAGAAUUAUUCAAGAAACACAAAUGGAUGCCGCCAAGGACGUUCCGUCCGCAGUUCUUAGUGACAUCUACAUGGACCAAUUGCGUCGCAAUGAAACUGGUUCUUACUCCGAGGAGUUUCCUUGGCUAUCACCAUGUGGCCGUGAACGUAAUUAUGUUCGAUGUGAUGAUACUCCAAUCGUAUUUACGCGGCUGAUUGAACCGGAAGCAGGGAAAUUCAAGCUUUGUUACAAUCAUGGCAUUGAUGAUAUGUGUGUGGAUUUCCGACCGGAGAAGAUAUGUGUUCUGGAAACUGGUCGCUUAUACCAUCCUGCACCAGAAAGUGUUGGUGGUUCCGGGCUGAUAAAAUCCUCUCUCGCUAUCGAAUUUUCCUCGCUAUUUUCCUACGAGUCUAGUGAAACUGCGGAAUCAUUGCCCAGUGGCUUCAAUUGGAAAGGAGACGUUUAUCGAUUGACGCAUGAACUUCGUGACCUCCUUGUUUCUGAUCAUAUUACGGAUGAAACUUUCACUGUGUCUCGUCGAGUUUCCCGGAAUGAAAUUUUCGUGGAUGUGGCUGGAUCUUACGAGAGACCACUUAUGUGGCAGUGUAACUUAGUCCGAAAUUUACUAAGGGUCUACAAGAUGGCUGUGAGCCCGCACUUCAACGUGGGCAAAGUGGCUCGGUUACUCCGCGCAUCUUCUACUGCGCUUUGUGGAUCUAAUUUGCGCCUGAAACCCGCGGUACCUUCGAAACGACCUGUGAAGAUUCCUAAAGAAAUCAUGAAGCAUUAUUCGAAGCGUCUUAGUGAAUCUUUGCGUCCCAGCGCAUUCAUGCGCCUAGGAAGACCAUCGGUUAUAUCUGGCUUGUGUCGGUCGACGACGUUUCGUUACCUGCACAAUGGCCCUCCUGAAAAAGUCAGAUGCUUGGUUCGUAAGGCUCACUCCGACGUUAAGAUUCCGAAUUUCGACGCAUAUCGGCGGGAUGACGGUAAAGAUCCGAGCAAGAGGAAAGAUCAAACUGAACGAAGUGGCUUCCACUAUUUCAUGAUGGCUCAGCUUGGUGCAUUUGGUGCCAUUGGAGGAAGAGCAUCUGUUGACAUGUUCGUGAAGUCCAUGAGUGCUUCGGCUGAUGUCGUGGCCUUGGCCAAAAUCGAAGUCAAUUUGGAUUCCAUUCCUGAGGGAAAAAACGUGACUUUCACGUGGAGAGGCAAGCCGUUGUUCGUCAAGCAUCGAACCGAAAAGGAAAUCGAAAGCGCAAGGAAUACUGACGUUUCGAAGCUGCGAGAUCCAGAGAAGGACGAAGACCGAGUUAUUGAUCCUAGGUUUCUUGUUGAAGUCAUUUCAAUAAUGGCGGAAUCGCCGAAAAUGUCGCCGGAAGAUUUGGCGAAGAAAAUGGAUGAGGAGUUCGACGCGUACUUGAACACCUUGGGCGGAAAGGAAUACAAGGAUGGCUGGUCUGAAGAUAACUGGGAAAAAGAAAUGGAGCAACAUCCAGCGUUUGUGACGAAUAUGAAUUUCGAAAAUGGUGAAGUCCCGCCUUUGAUAGAAGCGUUUCAGCAGUUGAAAUUUGGCGCCGAAGACAAUACUCCUAAAGAAUUGGCUGAAAAUUACAAGGAAGAAGGCAACAGACACUUCAAAUUGCAGAAAUACAGAUUCGCCGUGUCUAGCUAUACCGAGGGUUUGAAGCAAAAGUGUGAAGACGACGAAAUAAACGCUGUUCUUCUGGCAAAUCGAGCCGCUGCUCAAUUCAGACUUGGAAAUUACCGCUCUGCAAUUGUGGACUGCGGCAGAGCUGUGAAAUUGUCACCUGGACAUGCAAAGGCAACCAAACGUGGGUUGGAUGCCUGUUUGAAACUGCAAAAAUGGGACGAAGCGUUGGGUUGGCUUCAUCGAAUUCGCACACUACAACCAGAAAAUGAGGAGGAAUUCCAGAAAAUUGAACGGCAAAUCACUGUCGCGAAAAAAACGAAAGCGAGAGACGAACGCAAAGCGGCGCUCUCGAAUCAAAAAAUCGACGCAGAUGCUCAAAGAUUGCAAAAUGAGAUUGCCAAACGUGAUAUUAAAUUUUCAACGGGUCGGAAAGAUGCUGGGCCGAUGAGAUCAGUGAUUUUGAAUCCGGACAAUUCUUUAUCCUGGCCGGCUUUGUUCAUUUACCCGGAACCGAGUGUGACGGAACUUGUGGAAGCGUUUCACGAAGAUUCCAUGCUGAAAGAACAUUUGAUGGAAAUGUUUCUUGAAAAGCCGGAUUGGGACGUUGACAAUAAGUAUUCCUGGGAGACCGUGAACGUUUACUUCGAAGUUUUUGACACCGGUAAAGAUGAGCUUGUGCGGGUGCCGAAACGGAAGCAUUUGCAUGAAAUUCUGGCUCAUCCGAAGUACAAGAUCAAGGAUGGAAUGGCGACGUUUGUAGUGUUCGCGCAAAAUACUGAUUCAGAAAAAUUCUUCCUGUCAAAAUGCAUUGUGCAUGAUUGGUAACGCUCCGUCAUCAAUUUGGAAUCACAAGAAACUGUAAUCCAGAAGAGAUGCUGCGAUUGUUGGAUUGGUUUUUGACGUUUCAUGUCGGAUUUUGUUCGUUGCUUUGAUAGAAUGUGUGUUGCCAAAUAUAUAUAAUCAAUUUCA